AUGAUUAGAUUCAUCCUUGUGCAGAACAGACAGGGCAAGACACGGCUAUCUAAGUGGUAUGUCCCGUAUGACGACGAUGAGAAGGUGCGGUUGAGGGGCGAGGUGCAUAGGCUUGUGGCCCCUAGAGAUCAGAAAUACCAGUCGAACUUUGUGGAGUUCAGGAACUACAAGAUCGUAUACAGACGUUAUGCUGGCCUCUUUUUCUGCGUCUGUGUUGAUGCAAAUGACAAUGAACUCGCGUACCUGGAGGCCAUUCACCUCUUUGUCGAAAUUCUAGACAACUUCUUCGACAAUGUCUGCGAGCUGGACCUAGUUUUCAACUUCUACAAGGUCUAUGCCAUUCUGGAUGAGAUCUUCCUUGCCGGCGAGAUCGAAGAGACAAGUAAGGACGUGGUGUUAUCCCGGUUGGAGGAAUUGGAGAAACUCGAGUAGUGGUUGGUGUCGGAAGCGCCUGUUCGAGAUUAAUGCUAUACCACCGCAUUGCAACAUCACAGAGCAUCCGAUAUCAGGAGUGGCCGAAAUCGAUACAUGCCCGACUCGAUCGAAGCCAUCGAAGCCUUGAACUUCCGUUUCCCACCAAGGAUGGAGAGGCGAUUCGUACGUGUGGGCGAGAGUAGCGGCUUGCUAUCGGCAAAUGCUAUGGAUGUGGGACGAUAUUAGGCGGAAUGCUAAUCCGAGUCAACGGAUAUUGUUUCAAGUGAUCACUCUUCAACCUCCUUUGGUGAUUU